UUGAGCAAAACAUAUACACAAAAUCGAUUUAACGAAAAUAUUUAAUUUGUUUUCGAGAACUUCAUCAGUGGUCGCUUGUGGUUGUAAAGCGUAGCCGAAUGCGAAUCUUAAUUACAUGCAAAAUAAAUGGGUACAAUGAGGCCAAAUAAAUACGAUGUUACCACAGCUUACGGUCUAUGCCAAGAUUAUUUACCUCCUGAUGGUGGUGAUUUCGGGUGCAUUAUGUACAGUAGAAGAUUAUGUAAUAAUGUCACAGUGUGCACACAACAAAGCCAUACAUGUAGCUGCGGAAGGAACAGUCUCAGUGACAGACAUUUCACAGACACAAAAUAUAACGAUAGUCGGCCUCCCGGACUAUGUGAACAACAAUCUCAAAAUAGCACUGUACGCAAAAGAAACACAACGGUAUCUGUGUUUCAACGAUCAGUGGAAACUAGUUGGAAUGAAAGAACUGCGCGACACCUGCUACUUCAACGAAACCAUCGUACACGGUUAUUUCGUGUUUCGUUCCGUAGUCGAUCUGCAGCGACGUGUCGGCUUCACGCACCGAGGUAAGGCGGUCGGGCCGAAGAAGAAUGUCAACGACGCCUGCUAUCUGUUCACGAAGAUACAAGCCGAUCAGUUUUUCCAUCAGCACACCGAUUAUUUUGCACCGAAAUCGAAGAGCACCAAAAUCAUCAGCGGCAUUUCCAACGCACCGCAAACCACAACCGCCACACACACAACAUCAGGCACCUUAGCGCGUUCAGCGUCGCAGCGAGCAGCGCUCUCGGCCGCCGCCACAACAGCGACUGUCACGGCGACAGCAACGCAACGCAAUCACAACAGCAACAACAGGCUAUUGCGCACCAACAACAAGAAUAAGCGUGUGAAUGGCAUGCGCAAGAGCAAUAGCAGCAACAACAAUAGGAACAACAGCAAUAGGAACAGUAACAAUAACCAAAAUGAAGAGUACACUAAUGGCCAUAGUAGCAAUUUAAGCAGCAGCAGCAACCAUAAUAAUAACAAUAGCAAUCAAAGCAGUAAUAUUAACCACAGCAACAGCAGUAAUUUAGUUAGCAAUAGUCAGCAGCAAGUAGAUUUAAGUCAGCAAAGGCAACACAACAACAACAGUAAUGGUCGCACGCGCGAACACGUGCGUCAGCAACAACAACAUCAACAGCAGCAGCAUCAAGUGCGGCAUCAUCACAACGAUCCGAAUUUGGUAGCGCGUCGCCAGCACCACGAGCACAARCAGAAACGGCGACAGCAUCAGCGCCUGCGCAGCGGCAAAAUAACUAGUCCAGCAACAACAACAGUGGCGCACGAACGCGCCACAGCGACAACAACGACGAGAGCCMCUUAUARCACGACAGCRACAGGCGUUGUCGCGCACAGCAAGCAACAGCAUGAAAAAGACGCGCGGCACGAACCGCAAGCGGCGACCGUGGCCAAUGUCGCGGCUAAAGCUGCAACGGCAACGUCAAUAAUCAUGAAGUCAACCACAACAAUUGCCAAUAAWCGCAAAGGACGACGAAGAAAGGGGCGUAAGCARMGAAAGCAACAACAAACACAGCGCGCGCAGCAACAAAUGUUGCCACUGGUAGCGCGUGAGCCYGCGAAGGCCGCGCACUCACCAACYCCGACCACUUGGCUGUGGAGCGAUUCGCCRACGCCACCGCUCUACUCACUUUCAACGCAAAUGCUAGCCGAUGUGCCGAGCAGCCUAUCGCCCGCAACAACAUUUGGCGAUUACAGCGGUGAAUGGAUGACCUCAGUGCCAAUAAACGUCGACGCGACGUCCAUCGACACCGCAGCGCCUUCCUCUCAAACACCAACUCURUCGACGCUGGUGGCAUCGGACACACCUACACCAAUAUACUUGGUCUCAACGACCGAUCUGAGCGAUGGCGCGUCGCCGCUCAUGUCAACAAACGAUUACAACAACAACACAGAUUUCACGAGCGUUGUGCCAGCGGAUGAGGAGUCGUCGCUGAACGCUACCUUUAUUACUGAAAUCGAUGAAAGCAGAAUGUGGCCGGAGCCUACAAUAGCCCUAGACGAGCAAUUAAACAGUAUUACUUCCGAACAACAACAACAACAAUUUACAACACAAAAUGUGGCAACACCAGUGUCAACAGCGGAGUCUAUCGCGCCCACAUCAACCACUUGGUCAGAGAGCAGUGAGCAGUAUUGGUCAUCAAGCACAACAACUAAUGAAACUGAUGACCUUGAAACAGUGUUCCCCUCUCCCACAGCAAUUGUCGACACUGAAAGCGUGGCAGCCACAGCAAUUUUUUCUGAGGAUGGCAAUGUGACAGAGGAGACGCAAACCGCAGCUGAGGCCACCGAUUCAUAUGCAACAAGCAAUUCUACCUCCAGUGAAAUUGAAGCGGAAAGUAGCAGCAGCACCUACAACGACGUUGGCAACACCGAAGCACUGACGGAAGUCGGCGACACACAAAGUACAACAACUGCACAGCAAAAAGUCUACAGCUUACCGGCUGAGCGCGGCCAUAUCGGCCACAUGUGGCGAAAGCAGUCCGGCAUCGCGGCGAGCAUAGCCACACUGCUGCGCCAACAAUUGCUGGCGACUAGUGCCAGCAGCGGCAAUGUGUACGCUUGGCGUCCGCAGCGUGGUGAAGAAUACUCAGAUGAAAUAAUCGUGGCAACAGGACGACCAGUGGACGCAGAGCUCGAAACGACAACCGAUGUUGCUUCGGGCGACCGUGCAACAUGGUGGCAACAUCAUAUGAAUCACAGCGGCACUAACUUUUGGGACAAAGGCAUUGCUGAUGAGGUGCCGAGCGGCGGCGACGAUGCCGAUUUGGACUGGCUGAAGCAGCUCACCAAGCAACGAACUGCCAGCAAGCGCAGGCAUAACAACCGCAAGCCCAACAACAACAGCAGCAGAGAUGUUGAGGCCGUGUCCCAGCAACCUUUGCAAGCGCUGUCGACGAGUGAUUCCAGUCUUGGUUUUGGCAAGAAAUAUGUGCCGGAAGGCAAAUCACAACGACAAAGCAGCAAAGCGCACAGCGGAAACAACAAAUCGCCAGCAGCAACGACGUACACGACACAGCACGAGUACAGCAGCACAAUGGCAACAUCGCGCACCAGCAGUGCAACAACGCACAGCGCGGGUGUUAUUACGCCCGCAACAACAACCGCAAGAAUGAAGGAUAAUACAUUGGCAACAACAACGCCAACACAACAUUUAUACCCGCUACAGCAGUUGCUGGGCAAUAAAACUGUUUUGCCUCUACACAAUCCACGACCUUUGGCGCACUUCGAUGGUAACAGCAAUCACUUGGCACACACACACACACCCACAGCAAGCACGUUCAGCACAACCACUUCCGCCRCUGCGCCCACUUCCACGACUGUAGCCGGCGACGCGACCACCGCCAUCGCAGCGUUAACCACCAAAAAGUCGAUACGCAUCUCAACGCAGAAGCUGCUGGCCACGCCCUUUCAUCAGCUKACCUAUGUGCGCAACAACGCCGGCGACAUUGAUAUCGACAACAUGGACAACAUCAGCGUCUAUCCGGACCUGCUGGAGGAGUCUGGCGAGCUGGCGGAACAGCGCUCGACGGAGCGCGCCGAAACCGACGCAACACGCAAUAGUCGGCUGACAAUCGUUAGUGGUUAUCUGCCAACUUCGGCCACAGCGACGCUACCCGAAUCGAUACGACUUGCUAAGGUCAAGAUAAAUAAGGAGAGAAAGCGUAUGAUGAGCCUGCGAAAAAGGCAUAGUAGGCGACACGCGUAGUCGUGGUUUGAGAAAAAUUUAAGCAUUUAGCAAAUUGUUAUGUCUAGAGUUAUUGAACUUAACCACACACUUACGAAGUGACGCUUUGAAAACCAAAUGCCUAGCAGCUUAAAAGCUUUACAAAGUUGACAGUGAGCUCAUGUCAAGUCAUAUGGUCUAAAAAAUUUGCAAAUAUUUCCAAAGCGCUUACUUUGCAUUAGCAGUUAGUGAAAGCUUAUAAACGACAGCUUGUGCUUGUACAGCUUUCUUUCGGUUAAAAAUAAUCAGGCUUGUUUGUGCGCAGAUCAGCAAUAAAGCAAAAAAGCACAAAGCAUGCAAGCUUUUUAAUGAUGAUUUUCAAAAUUUUUCACCAAAGUAUUGGUUGUUCUAAAAAGUUCACAGUGAGCUCAUGUCAAGUCAUAUGGUCUAAAAAAUUUGCUAAUAUUKCCAAAGCGCUUAUUUUAACAGAAGGAAGUAGGUAGUGAAAGCUUAAAACAUUGCAUGAAAGCUCAUWAACGAAAGAUUGUGCUUUUAAAACAAUUUAUGCUUAAAAAUAGUUGCGGUUUAAGAUUUCUACUGAAAUAUAAACUGAUUAAAAAUUAUUGAGAAUCUACAGUAUAUGUUGCAUAACGAUUAUAUCUUAUAGAUAUUAGAAAUCCACAGUUUUUCAGCGAUAACAGAUGAAUCAAUUGGAUAUUUCACAGCGAAAACCCACACAUUUUAAUUCACGAAACACCGAACAUGACGCAGAGCCAAACUCAUACAAACACGAAUUGCACGAACGCUGCGUACUCGCAUACGAAAAUACACGUUUUUGAGCGCCACAAACCAUUACUGUGUUGCAGAAUAUGGCGAAAGACCGUUAAUAACUGUAAACACUGAAUAGUUUAAUAGACAAUGUUUAACACAUAUUUUGUUGCAGUUUAUUAAAAACAAAUGAGACAAUAAACAGCUGGCAUAYGUAGCUUAUGGUUAAAAAAUAUAUGUAACGAAGCAGACCACGCCAAUACAGAUGCGAGGGAAGUAAGAAAUAGGCUCGAAAAAAUACAUGUCGUCACCUAAAAUGCAAAGCAAUGUAUCAUCUAAAAACAUAUAAAAUCGUUUUCAGCUAUGAUAACCAAAAUAUCACCAUUUUAUAACCCACAUAUGAGUGUAUGAUAACCAAAA